UUCCGAGCCUGUCUUGCAGCGCCGUGAGGGGCGAGCCCCAGUCUGCAGGCAGCGGGCCCGGGAAGGGCUCGCCCCGGCCGGCCGGGCGGUGAGUGGGGGCGUCGGGGAGAGGCCGAGGCAGGACAUCGCUGCCUGGAGGAAGUGGUCGCAGGGCCGGGGGGGUCGGAGCUGAAACGCAGCUGGUACCGAAGAGACUCCACCCCCCCCCCGCAGCCAGCUCUGGAGCAGCGCGGGGGGGUCUGUGCCGCUGAGCCCAGCAGGGUCCCCCCAGCCGAGCCCGCCGUGGGGCAGCAGUCGGAGCGGGGUUUCUAGAUCAGUUGUGCGGGGUUUCCGUCCUGUCCCGGAGGUGAGAACAAAGGAGGGAAUCCGCAUCCGGCCGGGACUUGGAGCCCAGAGCUGCACAGGCCACUGGGGGGGAGCCCCAAAGCCCUGAGCAGGGAGAGACACCAGCCUGAGUCCGUACGGGGCUGGUUGGCACCAGGGAGACACCUCCCCCCCCCCGCCCCAUCCCAGGGUAGAGACAUGGAAGAAAAAUCCCAUAGAUGUUCUGACUGCAGUAAAAGCUUUAAGCAGAGUUCGACCCUAAGGAGGCACCAGCGAACCCACACGGGGGAGCGACCCUACAAAUGUCUCCAGUGUGGGAAGAGCUUUGCUGACAGCUCCAACCUCCUUCGCCAUCAGAGGAGCCACACGGGAGACCGACCCUACACGUGUGCCCAGUGCGGGAAGAGCUUUGGGCAAAACUCGAGCCUGAUGAAGCACUGCAGGACUCACACGGGUGAAAGACCCUACAGAUGUGAUGAGUGCGGGAAGAGCUUCUCGGAAAGCUCCAAGCUCCUAGAGCACCAGAGGAUCCACACAGGCCUGAAACCCUACAAAUGCCUUAACUGUGGGAAAGUGUUUUGCCACAGCUCCUCACUGACCAACCAUCAGCGGGUCCACACAGGUGAGAGACCCUAUAAAUGCCCCGAGUGCGAGAAGACUUUUGGACGCCGCUGCAUGCUCAUUCGACACAUGAGGAUCCACACAGGGGAGCGACCUUACAAAUGCCCCCACUGCGGGAAGGCCUUUGCCGUUCUCUCAGUCCUGAUCCAGCAUGAGCGGAUCCACACGGGGGAGAAACCCCACAAAUGUGCCUACUGUGGGAAGUGUUUCAGCGAUCCCUCCGUCCUGAUCCGGCAUGAGCGCAUCCACACAGGCGAGCGACCCUACAAAUGUGUUCAUUGCGGGAAGGGCUUCAGUCAAAGCUCCACGCAUGCCCAGCAUCUGAGAACCCACACUGGGGAGCGGCCCUAUAGAUGUGAUGAGUGUGGGAAGAGCUUCAGUGUAAGUUCCAGCCUUGUUGUCCAUCAGAGGAUCCACACAGGAGAGAGACCCUAUAAAUGUCCCAAUUGUGGGAAGAGUUUUAGUGGCUGGCCAAAUUUUAGCAGGCAUCUGAGGACCCAUGCCCAGGAGUAAACUCGACAGGUGACCCAAUUCUGGGAGAUGCUACUGUGAGCACUCUGGCUCUUUAGAGAGAGAUGCCAUGCAUUGGAGAGAUGCUGUAAAUGCCUCAACUGUAGCCAGAGUUUCUGUCUCAGCUCGGAGUUUCGUAGGUACCAGAAAAUCCACAUGGGGGGGUAACCCUAUAAACGCUCCAACUGAUGAAAGAGCUUUAGUCCCAGGAUGUACCUUAUUAUUCAUCAGAGGAUCAACAGCAGAGACAGGCCUGAGAAAUAAAUGUGGAGACCAAUUCUCCAGAUCAUCCUGAAUUCUAAUCCUAUCCUCCAAAACACUUGCAACCCCUCCCGGCUUGGUAUCGUCUGCAAACUUUACACGUGUGUGCUCAGUACCGUUAUCCAAGUCAUUAAUGAAAAUAUUGAAUAGUUAUGAGAUCCAAAACCGACCUCUGCAGUACCCCACUAGAUAUGCCCUCCCAGAUUGUCGGCAAACCAGUCAUAACUACACUUUGAGUAUGGUCUUUCAGUCAAUUGUGCACACACCUUACUGUAGUUUCAUCUAGACCACAUUUCCCUAGUUUGCUUAUGAAAUUGUCAUGUGGAAUUGUGUCAAAAGCCUUCUUAAAAUCAAGCUAUAGCCCAUCUACUGCGUCUCCCCUUUUCACUAGGCCAGUAACCCUGUCAAAGGAGGAAAUCGAGUUGGUUUGGUGUGAUUUGUUCUUGACAAACCCAUGCUGGCUAUUCCUUAUAAACCUGAUUAUCCUCCAGGUGCUUACAGAUUGAUGGUUUGUUUAAUAAUUUGUUCCCGUCUCUUUGCAGCUAUUGAAGUGAGGCUGACUGGUCUAUAAUUCUCCAGUUCCCUUUGCUCCUCUUUGUAAAGACUUAGGUCUUCAUCCCAAUUCUAGGCUCCACUUGCAAUUCCCAAAACUCCCGCCAAACCCUUUAGGCACCUAAACAAACUCAGCAGCUGCAUUUUCUGGGUAAAAAUUCCUUGGGGGCCUACGCCUCUGCCUUUGAACACGCACACUGCUGCAUUAUCCUAGGCAUCUGGAUGGUGAUAUCCAAUCGAGCUCCCGGAGUGAUUCAUGAAUCAGGGAAGAUGGUAGGUGAGGGUGGGUCUUGAUCCGGUAGGUGUGCUCAGAGGCGAACUACUGGAUCAGGGCCCAUUCAGAAUCUGUCUGGAGGAGGACAGGGUGGGUGACUCUACUCUCUAGCCCAGUGGGUCACACACUUGCCUGGGAUGUGGGAGAUCCAUGUUCAAUUCCCCAAUUUGGCAGAGGGGAGAAAGGAUUUGAACAGAGGUCUACCCUGUCAGAGGUAAGUGCUCUAACCCCUGCAAGGUGGGCACCUCCUCCUCUGGCUAUUUUGUGGAAAGUGAGGCACCAGCUUAGUUCAUUCUCCCAAGACACAGCUGAGGCACCUGAGCUGCCUGGCUCCAGGAGAGGAGUUCUCAUUCAUGAAUUGCCAGACAGAGCUCAAUGACAACAAGGGGUUUGGCCACCAUGCCAGAAUGACCCGAUACUGACGAUCUACAAUUGUUCUCUGUAUACCAGUGCAUGGAGAGAGAGGCCCCGGGCAUCCAAGGAGAAAGUGGUACAACAUAAUAUCUAAAACCAUCCAGGCAACCCCACAGCAGGCUCAAAGGGGGGGCUCAAAAGAGGUGUGGAUGGAAUCCACUCAUAACCACCCCCCUACCCAAACUUAGUUUUGGAAAAGGGAGAUGCUGAUGAUAGUGAUGGUAUAUGGCUCAAGAUACAGACAAAGGACUCAGCAUCUAUGGAACACAACACAGAGCACAAGAUACAGGCAAGGCUAUAUAAGCUGUGCGGGAAAAGGGCUAAUGCAAUCCUUGAAUGUACAAAGAGGAGAAGUGAGUAGGAGGAGGGAGGUGACUUGAUCUCCAUAUACAGCAACAGGCAUAGCUGCCGUGCUAGCGUUGUGCUACGGUAACCUGUGUAGUGUAGACGUACUCCCAGUCUCUUCCUAGCAGACAGCAGGGAGCAGGCAGCUGGGGACAAGGAGCUUGCUUAGAGAUUCUUCUAAUUUACCCCCACAAACUUCCAGAUACAAAGCAAUGUGUUCCCUAGUGAGAAGCCAUCGGGGGAGAUUGUGUUGGGAGCGGUGGUAUCAUAGCUGUCCUCAGAACAGCCAAAAAUAUACACAAACCUGCUGUUUUGCAAUAGGCACAACUGCCUUCACAGGGCGCCAUCAGGUUUAAUUGCCAGCACACAUGGUUAAUCAGGUCAAGGAGUGAGCGUUUGGUUCGAUCAGCCUCUUGGGAAGGAUAAGUAAAGGUAGAUUCUCAUUGCCCUGUAGUUGUCUCCCCUUCAGUGUCCCCUAAAAGCCCCACACUUCUGGGACCCCGUCCUUUUGAAACCCACCGGCUAAGGCCCCAUUCACGCUGCAGAGAGAACUGGGAUUUUGUAACAGGUUGGAGGGACUCUCAGGCUUUACCGGUUACAAGUCAAACGGGGCAUUUUCUGUUUUCCAGUUCACACUCUGCAGAUGUGUUUUUCAAAGUAAAUUGUGAAACAUCCUGGGUAGCUAUUCCACACUGGCCAUGCAGCAAGAACUAUGUUUUUCAGGCAUGGGGGGCAGGGUUGUUUUGUUCUGUUUUUCAGACACUCUCAGCAGACUGUGGGAUGCAGUCAUGGGCGGGAGUAGGACUUGAAUGACCAGCUGAGGGUACCUACCACACAGGAAAAUCCCUAUGUGCCUAGCCACCUGCAGGAAGCCUGGGAUAGACUGAGCAGCUAGAGAUGAAAACUGUGAGUUAAGAUGCACCAUUGGUAACAUUCUUAACAUUAUUUGUGCACAUGAGCUGUAUCUUCAGCCAAUGGCACACUAGCCUGUUAGUGCAUGGUAGAAGGCUGCUGUGUGAGUGGGGCAUGACUGAUUUAGUGUUAAAAUGUGAAAGAGGGUUAGUUUAAUUUGCCAAUGCGCCAGUUAGAUUUAAAGCAAACUAGAUCCGUUGGAUACGGGGUGUGGCCAAUAUUAGAAUGGAAUCUAAUAGGAUAAUCCCUUCCUAUUGAAUGCAGAGAAUGCUAGUUCAGUCAUUUAACACUAGCUUCUCUUCAAGUCAACAUUAAACUUGAACUGUGUCUCUCCAAUCAGGACACUGGUUAUUCUUAACCAAUCAAGAAUGUAUGAAUUCACCGAGAACCACCCUAAUGUAGAACCAACAAUUCACCAAUCCAGUGUAGAUACAACCACCAUUCUGGGGAGGUACUGAAUGUACACAAUACAGUCUUGCGAGCAUUGAGGCACUGCAGUCGUUAUCAAUGAACGAUACAAGUCACCAAGGUUUCUUAUGACAUUUAUUAUGAUAUCAGGCAUCAGUACUUUAGUACCUGACACAUUAUGGCAGUUCCAAGGAGGUACUUAUCUUUAAGGCACUUUGAAAAGUGUGAUCGCGGCUACUUGAAUGGAUUGGUUCAAAAGAGACAAAUUUAGACUAUUAAAAGCAAUUGAUUAAAGUUAUUGUUUUAAAUCACUCGCA